AUGUCAAUUCAUAAUGUAAAUAUCUAUCUAUCUAUCUCAUUCUGUUCAAAUCUAUCUUUUUUUAUCUUCCUAUCUCAUUCUGUUCAUAUCUAUCAAUGUGUUACAUUUUAUUCAUAUCUAUCUCUCUCGCUAUCUAUCUCAUUUUAUUCAAAUCUAGCUAUCUAUUUUCUAUCGUUCUAUCUAUCUCAUUCUGUUCAUAUCUAUCUAUCAUUCAGUUUAUCAUAUCUAUCACAGUUCAUAUCUAUCUAUCUAUCCAUCCUCGCUGUCUGUCUGUCUGUCUGUCUGUCUAUCCCCGUUUAUUCAUAUCUAUCUAGCUAUCUCUGUACGUAUCUGAGUUUCAUAUCUAUCUAUCUCUCUAUCUGCCUGUCUGUCUAUCUAUCUAAGAAGUUUCUCUCUACCUUCUGCAGAUUCAUUGCAGAUUUUGUCGUCGAUUCCAUCUUUUUUUUUUCUUUUUCUUUUUUUCUUUUUUCGAGUUUCGUUUUCCAUUUCUUACCUUUUUUCUUUUCUAUCUUUUCUUUUUUGUUGUUUUUUGUCCAUUUUUCUUUGGAAAUCACUUUCUGUUUCCGUUUGUCAUCUUUCUUUUUCAUUAUCUGUCGUUUCUCUCUCUCUCUCCCCCUCUCUCUCUCUCUCUCUCUCUCUCUCUCUCAUUCUUUGUUCUUUUUCUUUCUUUCCCUCUUGUCCUUUACUUUUUUUCUUCUUUUUUUUGAUUUAUUUUAUUUUCUCUCACUGGUUUCACUUUCUCUCUCUCUCUCUCUCUCUCUCUCUCUCUCUCUCUCAAUCUAUCUAUCUAUCGAUAUAUAUAUCUAUUUAUCUCUCCCCCCCCCUCUCUCUUUCUCUCUCUCUCUCUUCGCAUUUUAUUUUUCUUCGGCUUAUCGGGUUCAAUUUCUUCUUUAUUCUUUCCGCCUUCUCUCUCUUUCCCCCUCUCUCUUCCUCUCUCUCUCUCUCUCUCUCUCUCUCUCUCUCUCUCUAUCUAUCUAUCUAAUUAUCUCCCCCCUCUCUCUCACUCUCUUCGCAUUCCAUCUUUCUUUCUUUCAUUCUUUCUUUGUUUCUUUUCUUUUUUUUUACUUUCUUUCUUUCUUUCUUUCUUUCUUUCUUUCUUUCUUUCUUUCUUCAAAUCAAACCAGCCAUAUCUAUUUAAGGCUUUAUUUUUUCUUUCUUUCUUUCUUUCUUUCUUUCUUUCUUUCUUUCUUUCUUUUUUUCUUUCUACAAAUCAGACCAGCCAUAUCUAUUUAUAACUUUCUUUCUUUCUUUCUUUCUUUCUUUUCUUUCUUUUCUUUUUUACUUUUUUUCUUUCUUUCUUUCUUUCUUUCUUUCUUUUCUUUCUUUUUUUCUGUUUUGUUUUCUCUUUAUCUUCUUUUUUUAUUUGUCCAUCAUUCUUUUUUUCUUUCUUUUUUUUUCUUUUCUUUCUUUUCUUUCUUUCUUUCUUUCUUUCUUUCUUCAAAUCAGCCCAGCCAUAUCUAUUUAAGACUUUCUUUCUUUCUUUCUUUCUUUCUUUCUUUCUUCCUUUCUUUCUUUUCUGUUUUGUUUUUCUCUUUAUCUUAUUUUAUUUGUCCAUCAUUCUUUCCUUCUUUCUUUCUUUCUUUCUUUCUUUCUUUCUUUCUUUCUUUCAUCAAAUCAGCCCAGUCAUAUCUAUUUAAGACUUUCUUACUUUCUUUCUUUCUUUCUUUCUUUCUUUUCUGUUUUGUUUUUCUCUUUAUCUUCUUUUAUUUGUCCAUCAUUCUUUUCUUCUUUCUUUCUUUCUUUCUUUCUUUCUUCAAAUCAGCCCAGCCAUAUCUAUUUAAGGCUUUCUUUUUUCUUUCUUUCUUUCUUUCUUUCUUUCUUUCUUUCUUUCUUUCUUUCUUUCUUUCUUCAAAUCAGCCCAGCCAUACCUAUUUAAGGCUUUCUUUCUUUCUUUCUUUCUUUCUUUCUUUCUUUCUUUCUUUCUUUAAAUCAGCCCAGCCAUAUCUAUUUAUAACUUUCUUUCUUACUUUCUUUCUUUCUUUCUUUCUUUUCUGCUUUCUUUCUUUAUUUCUUUCUUUCUUUCUUUCUUUCUUUCUUUCUUCAAAUCAGCCCAGCCAUAUCUAUUUAAGGCUUUCUUUCUUUCUUUCUUUCUUUCUUUCUUUCUUUAAAUCAGCCCAGCCAUAUCUAUUUAAGACUUUCUUUCUUUCUUUCUUUCUUUCUUUCUUUCUUUCUUUCUUUCUUUCUUUCUUCAAAUCAGCCCAGCCAUAUCUAUUUAAGGCUUUCUUUCUUUCUUUCUUUCUUUCUUUCUUUCUUUCUUUCUUCAAAUCAGCCCAGCCAUAUCUAUUUAAAACUUUCUUUUUUCUUUUCUUUCUUUCUUUUUCUUUCUUUAAAUCAGCCCAGCCAUAUCUAUUUAAAACUUUCUUUUCUUUUUCUUUUUUUUCUUUCUUUUUAAAUCAGCCCAGCCAUAUCUAUUUAAAACUUUCUUUCUUUCUUUCUUUCUUUCUUUCUUUCUUUCUUUCUUUCUUUCUUUCUUUAAAUCAGCCCAGCCAUAUCUAUUUAAGGCUUUCUUUCUAUCUUUUCUUUUUCUUUUAUUUUCUUUUCUUUCUUUCUUUCUGUUUUCCACAAGAUUCCAUUCGGAAAUAUCAUAUCCCAAACCAUGAUUCUUUUUCCUCCCAUCUGUCUCUUGUUGAGAAUAACAGGUUCACCUUUUCCGACCAUUUACACCACCCGUCAGGUCCAUCGAACUUAAAACGUUUUUCGUCAAUAAAUAUUAUUUUCUUGAUGUCGACAUGGUUUGUUAUCCAUCUUUUGUCGCUUCCCAGCCUUUCCCCCUUGUGUUUUCUCGUUAGUGUUAUUCUUUUCUUGAUUUUAGCAUACUUAAGUCCAAUUUCGUGUAGCUUUCUUUGUACAGUUCGAACACUGACGUCAAGUUCACAUUUCUCCUUUACUUUCUUCGUUGUCACCUUUUCUCCAGAUGAUAACAACCUCUCUGUACUAAGCAUAUAUUCAACUGUUGACUUCGGUAGCUUCAUCUCAGCGGCGAUCUUUCGGAUGCUGAGCCCGUCUUCUCUCUUCUUUUGGACCAAACUGAUGACUUCUUUUGAAUGCAUUCUUCUUCAGGAUUUUAAUACGUUUUCGCAGUUACAACACUAUUACACACUAUUCUUUCUUUCUUUCUUUCUUUCUUUCUUUCUUUCUUUCUUUCUAUUACAAUCUCUUCUUAAUUAUAUAUCUAUUACAAUAUGUUCUUUUCUAUCUAUCUAUCUGUUAUAUACCGGUGACCCAGCUGUCUCUCUUUCUCUCUCUCUCUCUCUCUCUCUCUCUCUCUCUCUCUCUCUCUCUCUCUCUCUCUGA